AUUAUUAUUUAUUAUUUAUUAUUAUUAUUUUUGAAUUUUUGGAAGCGAGAAUAGAUCGCUAAAUCUCUCCAAAAACUCAAAAAAAUUCAAAAUCUCUCAGUAUGGCCUUUCACGUAGCUUGCCCAAUUACAUGCCGCCGAAUUUGCUUCUGUUCGCUAGGGUUUCCUCAGGAUCUCCAGGUGUCCAACGCCAAGAAUGUCUUCUUCCAGGAAGUGAUUCGGGUUGAGGACUUCUUCAAGGAUCCUUGGGGGAUUAGGGUUUCCAAGGAAGGGACCGUUCAGGUUUCGGUUCCCAAGGUUGAGCCGGUUCGGCCCGGAGAUGUUCCCGCUGGGGUUGAUGCGGUUGAUGAGGCAGCGGCUCUAUCGGCGCAGGCCAAGCGAUUGGCGGUUCAGAGAAGGGCGGCUGCCGCGAUGGUUGUCGCUGAGGAUUUUGCUAGGAGGGUUGAGUCUGGGGACAUUGCGGUUGCCUCAAAAAACCCAGCUGGAGAAGAGCAAGGUCAAUCCAACAUGAAUGUAAUGUGUCGCAUGUGCUUUUUGGGUGAAAAUGAAGGAAGUGAGAGAGCAAGAAGAAUGCUCUCGUGCCACAGUUGUGAUAAGAAGUACCAUAGGAGCUGCCUGAAGUCUUGGGCCCAACACAGAGAUUUAUUUCACUGGAGUUCCUGGACCUGCCCUUAUUGUCGAACAUGCGAGGUGUGCCGCAGUGCUGGAGAUCCAACUAGGCUUAUGUUCUGCAAAAGGUGUGAUGGCGCAUACCAUUGUUAUUGUCAGCAUCCUUCUCACAAAAAUGUUACUCCUGGACCAUAUUUGUGUCCAAAGCAUACACGAUGUCACAGCUGUGGAUCCACCGUCCCUGGAAAUGGUUUAAGUGUGCGGUGGUUUCUAGGAUAUACCUGUUGUGAUGCUUGUGGAAGGUUGUUUGUGAAAGGAAAUUAUUGUCCUGUGUGUUUAAAGGUCUACAGAGAUUCAGAAUCAACACCAAUGGUCUGCUGUGAUGUUUGCCAGCGCUGGGUGCAUUGUCAUUGUGAUGGCAUCAGUGAUGAAAAGUACUUGCAGUUUCAAGUAGAUGGGAAUCUCCAGUACAAAUGUGCUACUUGUCGUGGGGAGUGCUACCAGGUUAAUGAUCUUGAGGAUGCCGUUCGAGAGCUCUGGAGGAGAAGAGACAAAGCUGAUCGAGAUCUAAUUGCAAACUUGAGGGCAGCUGCUGGGUUGCCUACCCAAGAAGAAACAUUUUCCAUUUCUCCAUAUUCAGAUGAUGAAGAAAACGGUCCUGUGUUAUCAAAGAAUGAAUUUGGGCGAUCUAUAAAAUUCUCUCUCAAAGGAUUAGUUGACAAGUCACCAAAGAAGACAAAAGAGUAUGGAAAGAAACCAAAAAAGCAUUCUAAGAAAAAAGCUAAUCAGGCAUCUUUAACAAGUAAAGUAGAACCAAACCAGAGUUUUGAAGGAGAUCCUGAUGCCCAGUCUCAAGGAUAUAGCUUGGGUGAUGACAGGAAUGAUGAAAUUUUGUCUCAUAGAAGUGAAGGACAAGAUAUUUCUUCUGUUGCAGGAAUUUGCUCUACCAAUCAACCGGGAGUUUUGAAGCACAAGCUUGUGGAUGAGGUGAUGGUGAGUGAUGAAGAUAGAACUUCUCGAGUUGUUAAACUAAAGAAUAAUAAGCCUCCCACAUUGGACAGUGGAUAUGAUGCCGGAAAACUUGGUAGCAAGUCAAAGACGGUGAAGGCAAAGAAGUUAGUGAUAAAUUUAGGUGCACGGAAAAUAAAUGUAACUAAUGCUCCAAAAUCUGAUGCUUCAAGUCUUCAAAGAGAGCAAGAGUUAGUUUUGUCGAAUGAUGCAGGCCAGGAGAAAAUGGAUGACAAGUUUAUGUUUGAUAGAGAUGACAGAACUACUAAAUCUGUUGAUGGGGACAAAGUUUAUCAGUCUGACCAAUCAAGAGGUUUAAAAAUUGCUGGAAGAGAAGGAAAUUUAAUAAAAUUUGGAAAAAUUAGGUCAGAGAAUCCUGAGUUGACCCCUAAAGUUGAUAGGGGGAAUGGCGCUGGUGGUUAUUCAACAGCUUCUCCAGAGCAACCACGUGUUGCAUCAGGAAGAAGAAGCAUUGAAGGAAGCAGGAGUACGGCUGGAACCAUGCAUGAGGUCCCUUCUUCAAGGGGAGGCAAGGUAAUUUUGGAGAAGCAAUUUGAAGGUAGGCUUGCCGCAUUUGGUGAAAGCAUUGGAGAUUAUGGUCACACACCUGCCUCAAGUGCUGUCUCAAGAGACUUGAAACCUUCUCUGAAGUUUAAAUUCAAGAAACCCAACUUUGAGAAUCAAAAUUCUCAGGUUCUGCAGAAUGAGGAGGAAAAGAGUUUAGUUAAAGGCCAAAGGUCAAAAAGGAAGAGACCAUCACCCUACAUGGAGAAAUCAUCAUUUAAUGAUGACGAAGAUGGUGAUUCUGCACAAUUGAAUCAAGACAGUUUAAUGGAUGGGAUGAUGGAUGCUAGUUGGAUUCUGAAGAAGUUGGGCAAAGAUGCAAUUGGGAAGAGAGUUGAAGUCCACCAGGCAUCUGAUAAAUCAUGGCAUAAGGGAGAUGUUACUGAUGUAAUCGAAGGGACAUCAACAUUAUCUGUUAAGCUGGAUGAUGGUAGAGUGAAGACCCUGGAACUUGGUAAGCAAAGUGUCCGCUUUGUUCUUCAAAAGCAAAAAAGGUCAAAAAUUUGAAGGCUAAACUGUUCUUGGGCGGUUUAUCUCAAUGGAGUCUGCCUUCCACAUUAAAGAUGAUGCAAUUUGUAGAUUCUCAAUUCCUCAGCUGUCUAUCUACCAUUGAUAGUGUAUUGUUAGCUUCGUCCUCAGCAUUUGUGGUGUAUCCUGGCUAUUCAUAUUUGAUUUUUCAGUGAAGAAUCAGGCCUGGCCCUCUCCAACAAGGCUUGGCUCUGCUCUAGAGGAAGGACGUCCAUUUUUCUCUUGCACCUUCCCCCCUUCCCAACGCAUGUAUUCCAUUAACAAACUCUGAUAUUCAAAGGUAGCUCUAUCUUCUGUCUAAAAUUGGGUACCCCAUUUUUGUAUCCAUUGAAGCGCACACCUAUGCAAAUUUAACUCCUUAGAUGGUACCGUGUGCAUUAAAUUCUAAUGUACUACUAGUCAUUUUCCUUUCAAUUAGAAGGUUUGAAUCUCUCAUGUUCAAAAUGCGAUGCUGGGGUUCUCUUGCACUGCCCUCGUUUCAAAUACCAUCAAUAUAUGCUCUAGCCCUGU